UUUCGAUUAGGUCAUUUUCUCGCUCGCCCUCGUCGCCACAACAAAAGGAAGAGACGAGUGAGACGAAAAACAUUUUGCUGCCCGUCUCAUCGCCCUUAACUCGGCAUUAGCUGUGCUUAGGACCGAAGGUCGGGUCCUCGACCUUACUCGGAUUAGAGUACAACAUACCACGGACUGGCGCGUCCCAAGUGAGUGCUGCGGUUGCGAGGAAAGUUUCCGCACAUCCGUCGAUAAUCGUAGCUAGUUGCCCCAUGUAACAUGUCGUCCAGGUCCCGAGAUGGUCUUGAUGAAACUCUUUGACCUUACUUCGCAGUUCGACUUUGUCCCGCCUAGUGUUGAUUGUUUGGGACUAAAAACAUACGACAUCGGCAAACAUAAUGGACAGAGUGCUUUCGCUCUCGUCUGACGGUCAUUUUUCUGUGUCGUCUGUAUUGAUGAAGUUUGGCCUAAUGUCCUGGGGCAACAAGAGUUCUAAUUGCCUGGACAACUGUUCAGGUCAUGGCGAGUGCCAUAAUGGCACCUGCGUCUGCGAGAUCCAAUAUGAGGGCGAGGUGUGUCGGACGCCCAACUUCAGCUACCACGCUGCAUUCGCGUCGAUUUUCUUCUUUCUGGCACUGGUGUGCCUCAUUCAGCUGAUAAUGUGCAUCGCAGCCGAGUUCCAGAAAAUGAAGACCCCUUCCUUGUGGCGAGCGUGUCGAAUCACGACUCAGAAACUGCUGUACAUAGUAGUUUUUCUGGCUACCAUCAUCAGAGGCGCAUACUUUACCUCACCAAAUACUGAAGAUGGCUGGCCAAGGACGAUGAUGAGUGCUUUUUACCCGCUUCUCUUGUCUGGAUCAUCCCUAAUUGUAUGCUUCUGGGCAGAAUUGUUUCACUUGCAAGACGUGCGAUGUGAAAGACCACAGUUUCUGUCUAAAUCCUUUCUAGGAUUUGUCAUUUUCAACAUAAUAUCAUACUUUUUCCUGAUAAUCGAGCUCGUCACCACAACUAAGAUUGCUCCUACUGCUGAAGAAAGGAAUUUCUAUGUUCACGUCUUCAAUGGAUGCUACGCAGUUCUUCUCUUCAUUGUGGUCGUAUUUUUCCUUAUCUAUGGAGUAGAGGUGUAUUUCAAGGUCCGAGGUGGAUUCAUCUGCGAGCAUGAGGCAUCCGUGAUGGCAAUGACGUUAGCCAACCGUUGGACUAACCGAGAAAAUGGCAAGGGCAAGAAACAAAAGGCCAAAGCAUCUACCAGCAAAGAGGAGGAUGGCGCUUCGUCCAGCAGACUGCUCGACAAGAACUUUGAACCGCAAAUCAGCAGAAAAAUUGACACCUCUCAGCUGCAUCAGUCUCGACUUGGCUUAGUCUCGCAAGCAAUUAUGCUCUUUAUUGUCGUUGGCUUCCUUUUCAGCGAAACACUCAGCGAAUUUUGGAAGUCAAAGGUUCCUAUCGUCAGUCGAAAUUGGCAUGACAUUCUAUUCCACAUCGUUGAAAUUGGAGUUGUUUUGUGGUUCCCUUGUGUUCUGUGGAACUGCAUUAGUCCGGAGCAACUGUGGAUUUUGAAUCCAAAGAAACUUAUUAAGAUCGAGGCUGAUUUUAGCAGCACAGCUGAAGCCAAGGAGAAAUCAACCGACUCAGAUGGCGAAGAAUCUGAUUGUGAAGACGGACUUGAUUGCUGGAUUUGCUAUGAUCCUGAAAGGAAAGAUGCCGGCCCACUCAUUAAGCCAUGCCAGUGUAGAGGAGACGUAAGCAACGUGCAUCACAAUUGUCUACGACGAUGGUUGGUUGAGAGCGCCCUUGAUGAUCCCAAAUCUCCAGCAAGUGACAAGCUGCGCUGCAAAGUUUGUGGCUCCGCCUAUCAGGUUGAGCAAAGUUCUCACUUGGACUGGCAACAAGGAUUCACUCUGCACCACUGGCUCCAGACCUCGGCAAUUGUCACAGCAAUGUGUAUCAGUGCUGCUGUCGCUUGGGUGCUCGUGCAGUUCUUUACUGAGCCAUUCAUCAGGCUUCUAGCCAUCGGUGGCUCACUGUUGGUCUUUUACAUAGGAAUGAGAUUUCUGGGUUUGAACACAGCCACAGCAUAUGAGCGUGCUAAAGUAUCGGCGCUGAACAUAGUGGGUCAAACUCCAACUCAGUCUCCGACCCCUAGUGAGUGUAACAACUUAGCAGUGAACACCAUCAGCGAGACUAUAGCUGUCAAUCUGCAGUCUUCUAACUCUGGUCUACUUAGCAGCAAAAAAUAACCUUUUUUGUGCUUGUGUGUGUCAAUUGAAAUUAUUGGUGUUUCUUGGCUUUCAGUCAUUAAGGGUCUUGUUAAAACCAGGAGGCAUAAUAUCACUCGGAUUUUAAUGUAUCUUUUUGAAAGUAAUACUGAAUGUUAGUGAAAAAGCGUAGAGCAUAUUUCUUAUAUUAGAAUAUGAGAGGACUGAUUUUAAGUACAUAAGGAAUUGGCAUGUUGAUCCCAGAUUGUAUUUUACCUAAUGUCAAUCUACUUUGAAUUCAUAAGCAUUUCUUUUUGAGUUUAUCAAUUGUGGAAACGACAUAACAUAUUUAAACUCAAAUAUGUGAUAGACAUAUAUGUGGAUUGUAAAAUAAUAGGUAAUAAAUUAGUCUGAUCGCAAAAUGAAAUGCACUUUGA